ACCAGCCCCGAGCUCAGCAACAAGUAGAAGUUUGACUACUUCACUCGCACUAUCCCCUCGGACCAUCGUGGAGAUAGGCUGGAGCUACGUCUCCAUCGUCUAUGAGGAGUCUAAUUAUGGCAUCAAGGGCUCCAACUAUAUCUCGAGAAUACCUAAUGCAGGUUCUACCGGUAAUGUUGAUUGUAUCUGCUCUCAGGCGAUCGAUGAGUUGGCGGCCCUGCUAGCCAAGUACGAGAUAUUGCCGGAUAAUCUACAACCAUCAGCCAAGGAUACAGCUCUGAGUAAUGGUGUCCCUCCAGAGCUUGAUAAUCUACAACAAACAGCCAAGGAUACAGCUCUCAGUAAUGGUGUCCCUCCAGUGCCGGAUAAUCUACAACCAUCAGCCAAGGAUACAGCUCUCAGUAAUGGUGUCCCUCCAGAACUUGAUAAUCUACAACAAACAGCCAAGGAUACAGCUCUCAGUAAUGGUGUCCCUCCAGAGCUUGAUAAUCUACAACAAACAGCCAAGGAUACAGCUCUCAGUAAUGGUGUCCCUCCAGUGCCGGAUAAUCUACAAACAUCAGCCAAGGAUACAGCUCUCAGUAAUGGUGUCCCUCCAGUGCCGGAUAAUCUACAACCAACAGCCAAGGUUACAGCUCUCAGUAAUGGUGUCCCUCCAGUGCCGGAUAAUCUACAACCAACAGCCAAGGUUACAGCUCUCAGUAAUGGUGUCCCUCCAGUGCCGAAUAAUCUACAACCAUCAGCCAAGGAUACAGCUCUCAGUAAUGGUGUCCCUCCAGUGCCGGAUAAUCUACAACCAUCAGCCAAGGUUACAGCUCUCAGUAAUGGUGUCCCUCCAGUGCCGGAUAAUCUACAACCAACAGCCAAGGAUACAGCUCUCAGUAAUGGUGUCCCUCCAGUGCCGGAUAAUCUACAACAAACAGCCAAGGAUACAGCUCUCAGUAAUGGUGUCCCUCCAGAGCUUGAUAAUCUACAACAAACAGCCAAGGAUACAGCUCUCAGUAAUGGUGUCCCUCCAGAGCUUGAUAAUCUAAAACAAACAGCCAAGGAUACAGCUCUUAGUAAUGGUGUCCCUCCAGUGCCGGAUAAUCUACAACCAUCAGCCAAGGAUACAGCUCUCAGUAAUAGUGUCCCUCCAGAGCUUGAUAAUCUACAACAAACAGCCAAGGAUACAGCUCUCAGUAAUGGUGUCCCUCCAGAGCUUGAUAAUCUACAACAAACAGCCAAGGAUACAGCUCUCAGUAAUGGUGUCCCUCCAGUGCCGGAUAAUCUACAACCAUCAGCCAAGGAUACAGCUCUCAGUAAUAGUGUCCCUCCAGUGCCGGAUAAUCUACAACCAUCAUCCAAGGAUAAAGUUCUAAGGAAUGGUGUCCCUCCAGAGCCGGAUAAUCUACAACCAACAGCCAAGGUUACAGCUCUCAGUAAUGGUGUCCCUCCAGUGCCGGAUAAUCUACAAACAACAUCCAAGGAUAAAGUUCUAAGGAAUGGUGUCCCUCCAGAGCCAGAUAAUCUACAACCAACAGCCAAGGUUACAGCUCUAAGCAAUGGUGUUUCUCCAGAGCCGGAUUAUCUAUGA